CCCACUCAUCUGCGACUGCGUACAAGACUGCCAUGCCGUCCGCCGCUCCAGCGGCAUAGCCAUAUCCUGCGCACAUACACCUCCGGCCAUAUCCCGCAUUCCAUACCACGCCCAUUCCACACCCAGCCAAGCCCCACGACGUGCUCGCCACGAGUCACUCGCAUGCGCCCUUCCUGACGUAGCACUGCCGUUGCGUCGCCUGCGACUGAGCCCGCAGCCCUCACAACAGACAUUCACCGAGCUGCCCAUUCGGCGCUUCCCUAUUCCAGACGAACGCACGUCGACGUUCGUCCCACAUCCUACGACCGAUAGCACCCUUGCGACUGUCGACAAGGUGGAUUCUCGACAGCAACAACCCGUCCCGUCGAGCGUCAAGAGCAAGGCUCACUCCCGCCUGGCUUCCUUCAGCCGCCAACGACUCCUCGGCAUCGUACAGCCGAUUGAGGUUCGGCCACAAGGCGAGACACUCCCAGAAGUGCCUGUCUCGCCUUCAGACGCGGGCUCGCAAGACAGGCGUUCCGACGCAUCGACGCGGUCUAACGCAUCGUCUGAGACAGCGCUCACCGAUCAUUCCUCGACGAAUAUAAAGGCUGCCAACGACAGGCCGAGCCGUGACUCCGUAGCGACGUGGAGAGAGCGAGGACAGUCUGAGGACAGCGAGUAUCAAGACACCGAAGCAUACGAGCGCAUUCUGCGCCGAAGUCCACGCAUGAUGCAUCAAACAUCAUCGAAGCUGCUCAAGAUGACGGGCGACGAUCAGCCGUACACGAGGGAUUUCAAAGAUCUAUUCGCGACAUUAAUCGUCAGUUUGCCAUUGACACCACACCGUGUUCGAUUUUCAAAAUACCCACACACUUUCACUACCGAGGAAGCCAUCACAAAUUUGGGGUCACUAAAGUUUUCUCAAUCGAAUCGAAUGCCAGACCCGAAAGCACCUGACAGGAUAGUGACAACAACGACCACGACCACAUUUUCCAUGGCACGCGAAAUGGCUCGUGCGACUUGUGCACGGUUCUUGGAGGCCAGGAUGAUCGAGUCGGUGGAUGGCAGGACAGAUUUCAGUUCUAGAAGUUCGGUGUGGCAGCUGACACCGAAAGGCAUGCACCUUCUCUCGCGUUUCUGUCAAAGAAACGGCAUUCACCAGCGACACGUUAACGAACUUCUGGAUUCUCCACGCAACGUGAUGAACCUUGUCAUCCUCGAGCGCGAUCCCGAGACGGACGAGAUUGUGCACGAUGCCGAUACGAUCAACGUCCUCUUCCGAAGAUUCGCUGGUGAUACAGGACCAAACAUCAAGUCAGAGCACUCGUCAUCGGAUUCGGACUCGUUGAACGAUUACGCGACGGGGCUCGUGGGCGUGAGGAUGGAGCGAGCAAAGAGCUCGCGCAAAGACCAAACAGCCUACUACGCUUUCACGGGCAAGGCCGCAUUUGACUGGCUAAUGGACUGCACGACUACUGUCAACAAGCGUGAGGGCUUCACUCUUGCCAAUCUCUUCAUGACGACCGGGCUCGUGGAGCCGUUCGGAGAAGAACGCGGUGCACAGAAUGGCGCGGGUCACCGCUUCGCAGCAUCGAGACACGUCAAAUAUGCUGUCACCCUGAAGGGCAUGCAAGUUGCUGGUUGGGUACCAACUCCGGCGACGUCCUCCCAUGGAGAGACUGCGACCGGCGCUGCCCGCCCGAACGGCUCCAGCAUGCCGGUCCGCGACUCGAACACCAAUCGCAUGACGGUCAUCAUCCGCGAUCCUGCUCUGCGUUUACUAUUCAGAGAGUAUCUGCGCGAGACACACUGCGAGGAGAAUUUGUCGUUUUACACUGAAGUCAAGUCCUUCCUGGAUGACUACCAGCGGGCUAAGCGCGGCUCUUCGAUACCACGGCCUGACGUUAUCAGGGAAACCCUCGCAUCGGCCUAUUCGCUUUACAAUGCCUUCCUUGCACCCGGUUCACCCUGCGAGCUCAACAUUGAUCACAACUUACGGAAUGCACUCGCUGCUCGCAUGACUCGCGCAGUCGGCGAGGACGAGCAGAUGAUUCGCAGCCUGGAUGAAGUGGCAGAUCUCUUCGAUCAGGCUCAAAGCAGCGUGUUCAAGCUUAUGGCUAGCGAUUCCGUACCUAAAUUCUUUCGGGAGCCAAAAUAUGCCGCAGUCCUCAAAGAGCGAAACUUGGAGCACAUGAUCUCCAAAUUUGCAGCUGCGAACGUGUCCGGAUAGGUGCUGGGCCCUCAAGAUCCGCAAUUGCCACUAUCUCGGUCAUCUGAUCACUAUUGACCAUCAUGACGAUGAACAUUUCCCAUGCGUGUCAGCUCUCGGGUGGACAGCCGCGUGCUGCAGCGUGCCCGACACGUGCCAUGACGAGCUGCAGGAGUCGCCUCACAUCCUGGCGCACGACAGGGUGAAUUUGCCGGGCUGCGCAUUGCGUGGCAUACGCAAAGCUUACCUCCACAUUUGGCAACCUCCUGAGAAUCUACCUUUCACAACAUCCGGAAUCUUAUACCAGAUGGGAGCUUGGACUAAUGAAGUCUAGGCAUGCGCAACAGGUUUUGCAUGAAAAAUGCGGCUGCCUGCGGUUGCACCGAUCUAGGCCUUUGAUCACUACAUGGAUUGGAUUACACUCGUACGUCUCUCUCAUCUUUGGCUACAAUCAGCAAGCGAUCGGCGUUUUGGGAACUGUCUGAGAUACCAUUGCUACUCACGAGCAACGCAUCCGGGAAAUGCGCAGGCUGUUAUUGUUUGACAAGCAUUGCGGCGGGCGUCCUUCAAUCUAGCGGGGAAGGAAUGACAUAUGACAGGCAGCUGAUCUCUUUAUCUCUUUACGUGGAGCAACGACUUCUCUUGGCUUUGGAUGAGCAGAGCACGAGAUUGGGAUAAUAGAGCAGUUGGUUCUGCUAUGACUGGGACGCUCUCGAGCUCUCUCUAUUGAGCUUUUGUAUAGUAUAAUUCUUCAACCAAACAAUUGAAUCGAAACUAGAAAGAUCUGAGG